GACCCUCCUGCCCAUUUCUCCCUCUUCGAACCCUAACGAGCGUCUGCCUGAACGCACACGAUAGGGAUCUGUUGAUCUCUAAUGGGUUCGUCUCCUCCCCCCUCCUCUUCUUCUUCCGCGGUGGAGGAGAUUGUGAGAAGAGAAGUGCUGGACUGGGACGACGAGGUCGCGGCCACGGCGCGCUUCAAGGCAUUCAGCGGGCAGCGAUCGGAUUGGGAACCCAGGUUUGUCUUCUGGAGGGAUCUCAUCCUCAAAGUGGCUCGCCAUCUCGGAGUAUGCACCGUUCGAUCCUCCGAGGUGAAGAAUAUAUGGUUUUCCCGAGGUGGACUGACCCCAUUGUGCCUUGACAGGGUUCUGCAAGAAAUGUAUAAUAAUGGUGAUAUUUUACUUCGAGGAGAGCUGAUUGAUCCAUCUAGUGGGCAUCUCUAUCAGAUGCUGAGAAGAGCAGGACAGCUAAUUGGUGGAUUUAGACGAUCACCUAAAAUAGGUGAUUUUGAAGAGCAUCUCAUCCUUAAACCGCUACUUCAGGAGAGUGCUUCUAAUGUCAUAAAAAAUCUUGCUGAGAACCAUUGGACUUCCACUUGUGUUAUCACAAUGAACAAGUUUCAGAGCAUCUGCAAAAGAUCAGGUGAAGCUUCUACAGUCUUAAGUUAUCUAUGUGGAUGCGGAAAAGCACAAUACCUAUCAAUCAGAAAGGAAGACAUUAUUGAGGGUGUGAAAGUGUCCCUGGUGUCAUCAUCUUUAACAAGAAUCUCAAGCCUGGACAAUGAUGUUCUGCAUCUAGUUUGGACGACAGAAAAACUGCAGCAGCAACUCAAUGUGAUUGACAACCGUUGGAAGCUUUCUCGGAAAAUGGCAUUGACCUCCUUUAAGCUGGGGAAUAAACAAGCUGCAUUCAGAUGCAUACGGCAGUCCAAGAUGUUGUCAGAAAGCAGGUCAAAGUACACAUUGCUUUUGGACCUGGUGGAAAAGGUUCUCAGUAACAUUGCUAAUGCCGAAUCUACAAAGAAGGUUUAUGAAGCCAUCCAAAUAGGCGUUCGAGCGAUGAAGGAGUACGAGAUCAGCAUGGAUGAAGUUAAAGACCACCUGGACGAGCUUGACAAACAUGUUCAAGCACAAAAGGAAGUCGAUGAAUCCUUAGAAUCAAUGCCCUUACAAGCAUUGGAUGUGGAGGAAGAAGACAUCGAAGAAGAGUUCAAGAAGCUAGAACUCGAACUUUCUGGCGAGACGCAUCAUCCUCUGCUCCAGGAACCACUGGCUCCAGAUGUGAAGGCAGCAACAAGCCCACAAGCGGCCGCCCAAACCUUGAGCCAGACCUUGUCUAAGCUCAACCUAGAGGCUGCUUAGUUCAUGUGGCAUCAGCUGUGUUCAUGGCGCUCUUUCCAUGUUUUCGAAAGAACAGCAGCACAUGAUUUUGAGGGUGAGAUAUGUAUAUAUAAACAUACUGUUCAAUCGAUCAUUUGAUUCUUCAGUUCAA